AUGGAUUGUACCGGUCGGUUUCGGAUAAUUUGUUUGGGUCCAUCGAAAUCCAAAACCGACCGGCCUAGGUUACAGAUUUUGUAUUUCAUUUUUCUUUUCAGUUUCACAGUCUCUCUCUCUAAUCUCUAUGUGCUGCUACUGCUAGGGUUUCACCGUCGCCGUUUACGACCGUCUUCUAUCACCAUCGCCGUUUACGAUUCUCAAGCACCACCAUGCCACCACGCCGGCCACCACGAACCACCAGCGAUCAAGUAUUGUCAACCUUUAGUGUAUGUUAAGUAUCCUGAUGCAUGGUCUUGUCUUGCAGUUGCAUUGAUGGAACAUCCUGUUCCCUAUGUUGAACCUACACAAGCAGUAGAAACCGCACUUCCUCCUCUCCCCCCUUCUAGGAAAAAAAGACUAGUUAAUGCUAGUGGAUCUAGGAAAACUUCCACCAUUUGGUUAGACUUUAACAUUUUGUCGGAUGAACCUGAACCAAUAGCUGCGUGUAAACAUUGUCACAAAAGAUAUCGACGCGACCCUAAAACACAUGGAACAUCUAACAUGUUAGCUCACUCAAAAGUGUGUCACAAAAACCCUAACCUUUUUACAGAAAGAUCCCACUUAAAGAAACCUUGUAAGUGGUGA